AUGGGCCAAAAAGCACGCUCUAGUGGCAAAAAGACUCUCCGACCGCCAUAUGCAAUACAACGUUAUGAGAUCAUAGUCCCUUUCCCGGAUGCAGCGAUAUCCUCAUUUUCGCAAUCUGAGGAUAAGGAGCGAUGGUACAUACUUGACGAAUUAGAGCAAGGGCAUACAUAUGAAGCUAGGGUCUCGUAUGCUGCAUCUUCUCCAACAGAGUUUGUUAUGGAGAUAUUAGGCAUGGAAGAGACAGCAACCAUCCUAAAAGAACGAGGCGUACUGGAAGAACUAGCAGAUCAUAAAGAUGCAAAAGUUAACACGACGAGACGAGUUCUUCGUGUGAGAGCAAUCUAUGCCGGAGUAUCAAUAGUCCCAGGGCGAGAAUCACAGGCAAUAAAAUACAAUAUAGUACUUGAAACUUUAACAUAUGGCAUUCCAUAUGUGGCGAUUAAGUUGGUUAUCGUCCUUAUAGCUAUUAUCGGUGUUAGUCUAUUUUUGAUCGUCCCUAGCGUGUGGAAAACACUUCAAACCAUUCGAGAACUCGAAGAGGUCAAUCAGAAGCUCGAAUGA